GGCAUGUGUGGACUGGUAUUUCAGGGAUAGCAGUUAGCAGGGGCGGCAGCGUUCUAUGGCCAUGGCGACGAUGGUCGCUGGUUGGCGGCGGUGGUCGCUGUGGUCGGCGAUGGUCACUCCGAGAUGAGUCACUGUAGUAUUGAGUCAAGUGAGAAGAUGUGUAAUUGUCCUCUUGCUCACUUUUGGAAACUUAAAAAUUUCUCUUUAUUGUCCAUUAAUUUAUUUUUAAUAACAUUCUUGUCAUUAACCCCUAAAUUUUUACAUACAAAACACAAUCAUUUUUUAAAUUUGGGGCUAGCUCCAUUAAACUCUCUUUUGAAACACUUGAUGAGAUUACUUGGAGUACAUAACACCAUUUUAAUACCAAAUGGCGCGAAUAACAUAUUUCCUUCUCAGAGAGAGGAGUGGCUAUGGCAUGGGAAAACCCUAGACGCCGCCUCCUUUUCUCUUCUUUUCUUCUCUUCUUUCAAUCUUCUUUAAUUCCAACAAUGGAAAAUUAUCGUCUUAAUCAGUGUUUUCAGUUCUAUUCAUCUGUUUCUUUCCCAACAUUGUUUGGAGAUAUUAUUUUCGGUAGCGAAGUAUCGUCUGUCAGAUGCAUCUUCCCCGCCACUUUCGGUCGGGCGUUCUAGUGUGCUAAGAAGAUAUUUGCACUGAUCACUUCAUCAAUCAGAAAUAUGAUUGUCUUCUAUGCUGAUAUUGAGACGGAUCGCCCCCCUCUUGAACCACCGCCGUUGCAGGAAGAUGAGAUCAUUUGUAUUGCUUUCUUUCCGGUGGCUGGUGAAACCGGAACAAAUUCUUACAGUUGGCUCCUUACCGGUGGCUGGACAAACCGGGAUGUUUAAGAGUUCAUUUCAUAAUUAUUGUGAUCGUAGCAGGAGCAGUCAAUAUGUGAUAGAGUCUACUUCUUUGCGGGAUUAGCGAUUCGGCGUUUUCGAUUUGAAUCGUCCAUUUCUAUGUCUCAUCCUAUUGUAGCCUUGAGCUGUAUGAUUGUAAUGUUUCUUGUCAUCUUUAUCAAUAAUAAAUAAUAAUUAAGUUGUUUGUUUAAAAAAAC